AUGAUCCGAUCGUACGCCGUCGCCAUCGCGUCGCUGCUCGCCGGAGCAUCUGUCGUCCACAACAUCUACAAGCCAGACCUGACUAUACCCGGUGCUCUCAGCGGCAGGGAGCGAGCGGAGAACGCGGAGACUCAAAAGGCCGGGGGAGGCGAAGAGAGAGCUACCAGUACCGAGGCCAACACGAAUUCAGCCUCGACAUUUCCUAGGCAAAAACAAUAA